GGGGUCAAUCACUGGAUUAUAAUCUUGCUUAAGAGUUGCUUCAGUUUAAUAUACUUUUUUUCUCUUUAUUGCUUUCACUUUCCAAAGCAUGUUCAGCACGUACGAUUGCACUUUAUCCGCAGAUGGGGGUGCUUCUCUCUGCAACAUGCUUCGCCUCGGGACCGAGCGCGUCCGGGCCCUCUGGCGCUGAAUGAAGCGUCUUCCAGGGAGAGAAGAGGAGCCGGGGCAGCUGGAGAAGUGAAGGGCAGUGGGGGCCGAGAUCUCGCCUGCUGUGGCAGAGUCUGAGACUCUGUGCGAAUCAUCCCCAUGCCACUUGUAAAUAACAAAGUUGGCGAUGACUGCGCGGCGAGCGGAGACAAGACUUUGGCCGAUGGAAAGGCGCUGGUGGACUCGUUGAUAAAGGUUGUGGCUUGCUACCGGCAUUUAGCCUCAUGUGUGGGUGGGUGCACAGACAGCCUGCAGCUCCGCGACGAGUUGAGGCAAACGAGAGAAAAGGCCCAAAAGUUGGCUGGCGACGUCUGCCACCACCUGACCUCACACCUCAGGGACAAGAGCCUGCCCGAUGGACAGCGCAAGGAGAUGGAGCUCCUCUGGGUGGCCUUCUCCGCCUGCCUGGAGCUGCUGCACGUUGACAUGUGCAAAGUUUUGAACAUCAGCGGCAUUGUCUCGCUGGCCGACUCUGCGUCCCUUGUGCACACUGGCCUGGAAGGAGGAUGCAGUGACGUAGCGGCCCGGGCCCUGAGUUUGCCCGACCUGAACCAGGUUCGGACGGAUUCCCUCCCUGCCGGCCUCGAGAGCCAGGAGCGCAGCACCAUGGAGCUAGAGAUCAGCCGAAUUGACCGCAUGAUCGAUGACAUGGAGAUGAAAGUCAACGUGCUGCGCUGGAUGGUGGAGCCCCACGGGCCGCUGUACGCAGACCCCCUCAGCAGCACUGACAGCGCCUCCAUGGCUCUGCUGUCCCUUGACGAGGAGCAGCAGGCCCCCACAUCUCAGCCCUUGUGCCAGCAGAGCCACAUGUUUGUGCUCUUACUGCUGCUUGGUGUUUUUUUUGUAGCGUCCACUUUAUCUCUCUGUAUUUUCUUUUUCUCGUGAGCAAGACCUUAAGAAAUUUCAGUC